AUGACCGGUGCCGAGGAUGUCAGUAGCGCGAUUGUAUUGCAAAGGGAAAUCACGGAGUUGUUAAAAUCCGGAGGUUUUCAAGCUCAUAAGUGGUGCUCGAAUGCCACAGAAGUUUUAGCCCGAGUUUCUCAGGAUAACAACGAGACCAUUACGACGCUUAGCAUCGAUAAUAAGGACACAGUCAAGGCUUUCGGUUUAGAAUGGAAUCCAAGGGAAGAUACAUUCCAGUUUGCAAUGCGCGAACUUAAAGCGGUGAACACCAAGCGACAAAUGUUCUCUGCAAUCAGCAAGUUUUUCGAUCCGCUAGGAUUGGUAGGACCAAUCAUUACUCGAGCUAAAUUAUUCAUGCAAGAGACGUGGAAGAUAGAUUGUAACUGGGACGACCAGCUUCCCGACGAAUUGCUUCGCAGAUGGAAGAAGUUCAUGGACGAGUUGAUGGCUAUAGGAAGAUUACGAGUUCCACGAUGCAUUGUCGCCUGUGAUGAUGCACGACGAUUGAUCCUGCAUGGAUUUUGCGAUGCGUCCGAGCUCGCCUAUGGCGCCUGCAUAUAUAUGCAAGUUGAGAACUCUCAAGGAGAAUUCAGUUCGAGAGUGUUGUGCUCAAAAUCACGCAUAGCCCCGAUUAAAACAGUAUCAUUGCCUCGCUUAGAAUUGUGCGGCGCCGUCUUGUUGGCGCGAUUACUUGUCGUCGUUCGCACAGCUAUUCAAGUACCGAUUGAAAACGUACGAGCAUGGUCCGACUCUGAAAUCGUUCUGUAUUGGAUCAAGGGUGACCCAUCUCGUUGGAAACCGUUUGUAUGUAACAGGGUGUCCGAAAUCAUCGAAACCCUGCCAGCAAAACAUUGGAGUCACGUAAGCGGUAAGGAAAAUCCGGCUGAUGUGAUAUCCCGUGGCGCCAGUCCACGUCAACUCGAAAAUCUAGAAUUAUGGUGGGCGGGACCGCCAUGGCUGCUCACAGGAGAAAUAAGCUCCGACGACGAUUGCGGAGUGAAGCUACCAAUGGAGAAUCACGAGUCGAUUAUGACGGAAAGGCGUAAGGCAAAACAAGCAUGCCAGAUCAUUGUUCAAGGACAACCAUGUAUUCAAAUGCUAUUAGAGAAUAUUUCUUUUCUAACUAAAAUCGAACGCGUACUUGCAUAUUGCAAGCGAUUUGCGUCAAACACCCGAAAGAAAGCCUCCGAACGAGCGGUAGGUCAAUUAUCAAUUACCGAGGCCAAUCAGUUUUUGAAAAUAACGGACAAGCUUGCAGCAUUAACUCCCUUUCUUGACGAACACGACAUACUCAGAGUGGGAGGUCGUUUGCAACGUACCAAUUGGAAUUUUGAGCGAAAACAACCAAUACUAUUGCCGUCGAAUGACAGGUUUACUAAACUUUUAUUUGAAAGAGAGCAUGUGAGACUACUUCACGCAAAUCAACAGUUGCUAUUAAAUACCAUUAGAGAACGUUACUGGCCACUCAAGGGAAAAUCUUUAGCCCGCUCAGUGUGUCGAAAUUGCGUGCAUUGCUCUCGAGUCGAACCAGAAGCAUCAACGCAACUCAUGGGCGAGCUACCCGAUCAUCGAGUACAACCAAGUCGCUGUUUUCACGUUACCGGAGUGGACUUUGCCGGACCGAUCAUUACCUUGGUUAACAAGGGUCGCGGCCGAAAGACAAACAAGUCGUAUGUCACAUUGUUUAUAUGUUUCGCAACCAAAGCGAUACACUUGGAGGCAACCAGUGAGUUGUCAACCGCAGCCUUUUUGGCCACCUUACGACGAUUCGUGAGCCGAAGAGGAUGUCCGAAGGAGAUUUGGAGCGAUAAUGGCACAAAUUUUAUCGGAGCUAAUCGCGAGUUAGAAAGAAUACAAGAUUUCGUGAGGUCACAGCUCACAUCCGACACCGGGAAUUUGCUCGUCAAUGAAGGAAUCAACUGGAAAUUCAUUCCUCCAAACGCUCCUCAUAUGGGCGGCCUCUGGGAGGCAGGCAUCAAAUCCUGCAAAUACCAUCUCAAGAGAAUCAUGGGCAACGUUCUUUUCACGUUCGAAGAGUUGUCUACGGCGCUGACGCAAAUAGAAGCGUGUCUUAAUUCAAGACCUUUGACUCCAAUGACCAGCGAUCCUAGCGAUCUGAAGCCUCUUACCCCAGCACAUUUUUUAGUUGGAGGCCCUUUAACAAGUGUGCCCGAUCUCGAUGUCACGGGAAACGCAAUGAAUCGAUUAACUCGUUGGCAACUCAUCCAACGAGUAUUACAAGAUUUUUGGAAACGGUGGGCGGCAGAAUAUCUCUCCCAUCUACAAGGACGCACGAAGUGGAAGUCUGCUCAAUCCAAUUUGAGCAUUAAUGAUCUCGUUGUAAUCCGUGAUGAGAACCUUCCACCCUUAAAAUGGAAGUUAGGGCGAGUCGUAGAAAUACAUCCGGGUAGAGACGGAUUAGUUCGUGUCGUCUCGGUGCGCGUUGCGAAUGGCAUCAUAAAGCGCCCAAUUGUCAAA